GAGCCUAGCCUUUUCUGAUUGGCAGCACGCAGGAAGCGCUGCUAUUCCCUCGGUUGUCGGGUUGUUGUUGGUAUAAUGUAGGCGAAAGAGGCGUCGGGUUCGGGUCAGAGGAGUCUUCCCUUAGGCGAGUGGAAGUGGCACCGCCCGUGCGUUGGCACCGCCGGCAUGAGAAAGCGGAACGAGACCGUCACCUUGGAGCAUGAGCGCUUUGCCUCCUCCGCUCCGGCUCCAGCCGCCGCUUCGUCUUCCCCUGCGCUGAAUAAGGACUUCAGCUUGAGACCCAGCCCGCGUUUGUCAGGCAGCGCCCGGGCCGCCGGUGACUCUGCUAUGAAGCGGGCACUUGGCAGGAGACAUGGAAUGUGGGUUCGACUGCGGAAGGUAGUGAUCUGGUUGUUGGGAAUAUAUAUAGCGAUUCCAUUUCUAGUUAAAAUUUGCCCAGCUAUUCAGGCAAAGCUUGUCUUCCUAAAUUUUGUAAGAGUGCCCUAUUUCAUUGAUUUGAAAAGACCCCAGGAUCAAGGCUUAAACCAUACCAGUAACUUCUAUCUGCAGCCAGAGGAAGAUGUAACUAUUGGAGUUUGGCACACAGUUCCUACAGUUUUAUGGAAAGAUGCUCAAGGGAAGGACCAACUGUGGUACGAGGAUAUUUUGGGUUCCAAUAACCCUGUAAUCCUUUAUUUGCACGGAAAUGCAGGGACUAGAGGAGGGGAUCAUCGUGUGGAACUUUACAAGGUUUUAAGUUUUCUUGGUUACCAUGUAGUCACAUUUGAUUAUAGAGGAUGGGGAGACUCUAUAGGCACUCCCUCAGAAAGUGGGAUGACCUAUGAUGCUCUUCAUGUAUUUGACUGGAUAAAAGCAAGAAGUGGAGACAAUCCAGUUUAUAUAUGGGGACACUCCUUGGGCACUGGAGUUGCAACCAAUCUAGUAAGACGUCUUUGUGAAAGAGAAACUCCCCCAGAUGCCCUGGUAUUAGAAUCACCUUUUACAAACAUACGUGAAGAAGCAAAAAGUCAUCCCUUUUCAGUGAUAUAUAGAUAUUUCCCGGGAUUUGACUGGUUUUUCCUUGACCCUAUCACAUCAAGUGGAAUAAAGUUUGCCAAUGAUGAGAAUGUGAAGCACAUUUCAUGCUCUCUGCUUAUUCUUCAUGCUGAAGAUGAUCCUGUGGUUCCAUUUCAUCUUGGAAAAAAGCUAUACAACAUUGCUGCCCCAUCUCGGAACUUUCGUGAUUACAAAGUACAGUUUGUUCCAUUUCACAAAGAGCUAGGAUACAGGCAUAAAUACAUCUACAAGAGCCCAGAGCUACCUCGAAUAUUACGGGAAUUCCUGGGAAAAUCUGCACAUCAUCAUCAUCAUCAUCAACAUCACUGAAGACUGAAACAUGGUACACUUAAGAUCAUACCAUCUUUGAAAAAGAGAAAGAAAAAAUGUCUGCUAUUAUUGAAACCCAAACACUGGAUAUACCAUUGAUUCUGGCUUCGGUUCUAAAAGAUACCUUAAAAUCCCAAGUUCUGGGAUAGUAGAUAUGAAGAAUGAAUGUAACUGGCUUCUGUGUCUUUUUUUUUUUCCUAAAGAAUGAGGGAGCAAAAUGUUGGAACAAUUAAGUUCAAGCACAAUAAAGACUUUGUAUAUCCCCC